CUUCCUUUCAACAAUUUCACGUGCUUUUUAACUCUCUUUUCAAAGUGCUUUUCAUCUUUCGAUCACUCUACUUGUGCGCUAUCGGUCUCCGGCCAGUAUUUAGCUUUAGAUGAAAUUUACCACCCAUUUAGAGCUGCAUUCCCAAACCAACUCGACUCGUCGAAGGAGCUUCACACGGACGCGGACACCCCGUCCCAGACGGGAUUCUCACCCUCUAUGACGGCCCGUUCCAGGGCACUU